AGUGAGGUAAACAAUUUGGAUAUAAGAGCCAUGUGAUUACCCACAUGAGAUGUCAUACUGGACAGAAACCAUUUAGCUAUGCUGAGUGUGGUAAAAGAUUUGGAAAUAAGAGCAGUCUGAUCAAACAUUCCAGAAUUCACACAGGACAGAAACCAUUUAUCUGUUCUGAGUGUGGAAAAAGAUUUGGACAAAAGAGCCACCUGAUCACACAUAUGAGACUUCACACGGGACAGAAACCAUUUUGCUGUUGUGAGUGUGGAAAAAGAUUUGUAGAUAAGAGCAGUCUGAACACACACUCAAGAAUUCACACAGGACAGAAACCAUUUAGCUGCUCUGAGUGUGGUAAAAGAUUUGCACAUAAGAGCAGUCUGAACACACACAUGAGAAUUCACACUGGACAGAAGCCAUUUAGUUGUUCUGAGUGCAGUAAACAGUUUGGCCAUAAGAACAGUCUAGUCAUACACAUGAGAAUUCACACAGGACAGAAACCAUUUAGCUGUUCUGAGUGCGGUAAAAAAUUUUCAGCUAAGAGUAGUCUGAUCACACACAUGAGAAUUCACACGGGACAGAAACCAUUUACUUGUUCUGAGUGUGGUAAAAGAUUUGGAGAUAAUAGCAGUCUGGUCAGGCACCUGAGAAUUCAUACAGGACAGAAACCAUUUAACUGUUCUGUGUGUGGUAAAAGAUUUGGCGAUAAUAGCAGUCUGGUCAGACACUCAAGAAUUCAUACAGGACAAAAACCAUUUAGCUGUUCUGAAUGUGGUAAAAAAUUUGCAGCUAAGAACAGUCUGAUCAAACACAUGAGAAAUCAUACAGGACAGAAACCAUUUAUCUGUUCUGAGUGUGGAAAAAGAUUUGGACAAAAGAGCCACCUGAUCACACAUAUGAGACUUCACACGGGACAGAAACCAUUUUGCUGUUGUGAGUGUGGAAAAAGAUUUGUAGAUAAGAGCAGUCUGAACACACACUCAAGAAUUCACACAGGACAGAAACCAUUUAGCUGCUCUGAGUGUGGUAAAAGAUUUGCACAUAAGAGCAGUCUGAACACACACAUGAGAAUUCACACUGGACAGAAGCCAUUUAGUUGUUCUGAGUGCAGUAAACAGUUUGGCCAUAAGAACAGUCUAGUCAUACACAUGAGAAUUCACACAGGACAGAAACCAUUUAGCUGUUCUGAGUGCGGUAAAAAAUUUUCAGCUAAGAGUAGUCUGAUCACACACAUGAGAAUUCACACGGGACAGAAACCAUUUACUUGUUCUGAGUGUGGUAAAAGAUUUGGAGAUAAUAGCAGUCUGGUCAGGCACCUGAGAAUUCAUACAGGACAGAAACCAUUUAACUGUUCUGUGUGUGGUAAAAGAUUUGGCGAUAAUAGCAGUCUGGUCAGACACUCAAGAAUUCAUACAGGACAAAAACCAUUUAGCUGUUCUGAAUGUGGUAAAAAAUUUGCAGCUAAGAACAGUCUGAUCAAACACAUGAGAAAUCAUGAUCCCAGCAGAAGACAUAAUCAAAGGAGGUGCAAUUGAACCUGAUUUUGUCAUUCGGAACAAUCA